AUGGACAGUUUACCCACACCACCUAAUGAGGAGCUCGUCAAGCCCCAAGGCCUGAAGCGGCCUCAUGCUGCCUCGAAGUCUAUCAAGACGGUGCACCGGACCGUGAAGCGAACGACCACACAUGCCCAUCCUCCAUCACCGACGCGGGACAGCCACUCGCAACAUAGUAGCGAUGGGCGGCAUAAGCGAGUAUGGAAGGCUUGCGAGAGGUGCCGCAUGAAGAAGACAAAGUGCGAUGGAGAAUUUCCCUGCAAGAGGUGUAAGGACGACGGGUUAAUUUGCACCGCCGGGACUCGAAAGAAGACCGAGUACAAACAACUACCGCCAGGGUACGCUGAGGUACUGGAAAACACGCAGUUUGUCCUCGUCGCCACGGUACAAAAACUCUACUCGAUGGUGCGGAACGGAGAACGGUGGGAUCUUGGGGAGCCAGAAUUGAACGACCGCGGCCAGCCGAUCGUUCACAAUGUCGCCGCCAAGCUCGGCUGCUUGCGACCAAACUGCGAUCUGGAUCUCCCCGUCCAUUCGAUAUUUCCCGAGGACGAGGCAGGGAUGGCCGACUUGGCUAGGCAGUUGCAGGAGCACGCGGCGGCAACAUCAUCACCGACGGGGUUCCCCUCGCAGGGCAAGAGCAGCAGCAGGCAAGGGAACGAUGCAAACAGCAUCUACAACCAGACGGAGUGCGCCAGUUCCGCAGCCGCGUCAGACGGCGAGCACUCGGAUAUCGACCUCGACACCGACUACCGCAGGGCCGCAUUUUGCGCCGCCAGCACCGUCAGCCUGUCGCCCGCCAGCCUCAGCUACCCCGACUUUGAUGUCUCGCCGCCCUCGGCAGUCUCGUCAGACGGGUUCCCCCCCACUACCCAGCAGUCCCCCGCCUUGCCGACGCAUCCCAACAGCUUCCAAUGGGCCAGCCGACCAAUGUCAAUGGAUUUCAACCAGCCGCAGCUCUGGAUGGCGAGCCAGGGUUUCAUGGACGCAGACGUGAUGAACUCGGGCAUCCUGGGCUCUGACUACGGAAUCAAGCCCCAAGCCUUCUCGUCUUCACGUCGGGAUCCGAACGUUAUGAUGGGAGUGGGGGAUCCAAUGAUUUUUUCUUCUGGCUAUGACGAAGAUCCUUUACGGCCGCUUUUUCCAAAUGCAAAUAUUUAG